AUUGAUUCCAUUGACGUUUAUUCUCAGUCGAUUUAUUUUUCCGUCGCCAACCCAUUUUUUCACGUCCUCCCUUCCUAAUCAUCACCGCGAAAUCGGUCGCCGCGCCGCAUCCAUCGUCCUCCCUUUCGCCACGCCGCCAAACCCGCGCACAACGUAUCCAUCCUCCGCCGGCGCUUCGGGGGCGGAAGCUGCGCACCACCAAACGAGCCGAGGGGUUCGCCGUGUCGCUCGCCGUGUCGCUCACCGUGUCGAAACGCCGCGUCACUGGCGCCAUCUGUUUGACUUCCCACAACGGAUUUUUCCCCUCUGCACCACCGACCGCAACCGGCGGCGCCGCCAGUCUCUGACGUGGAAAUCAGAUCGCUUCUCCGUCAGCCUCGCCGUCCGCUGCUGCCAGCAGUGCUUUCUCUCUCUCUCUUCCCGCUAACUGACAAGAAACGCCGCCUGUUCCCAGCCGAAGGCCGGCAUUCCGUCGCCCCCGCUGGUGUUGUUUUUCGUCGACUAAAAAUCACCUUCCGAGUCGGCCGGCAUGUGUCUUCCGCCAUCCCCCCCGCUUCGCAGGGAUUCCGCGCUCGUUGCGCGCACCCCGAGCGCCAGCCACUGGCAUACGCCUCUCGAAGACUACCACCUCCACGGCGAUUACCACUACCAGCAGCAUCAGCAUCAGCAUCAGCACGAGCAUGAGCACGAUCAUCGGCAACAGCAUCAGCAUCACGCCAUGGCUCAUCAGCCGUCGGCAGAGUCUGCUCCAGCAAGCCCCCAGUUCCAUCGUCGCCGGCGGGUUUCUUCCGAAACAGCGACUCAGUCUAGCGCCGGCAGCGGCGGCGGCGGCGGCGGCGCUAUGUUUCCAAAACCGCCGGCCGCGGGACGACUCGUGGUUCGCGGAGGCAAGCUCGUUCCGCACCCUUCCGCGCCAUGUCAGGCGGCGUCGUCAACGCCGCAUGCUGCGGCGGCGGCGGUGCCGCAACAGCAUUCGCGGCCAGUGAGGCCGCUACGCCAGCGCGAAUCGUCACAAACCACUUCGGCGGCUGCCGCGCGCUCAUCGUCGCGCACGCCGCCUCCCAAGUUACCCUAUCCGUCGUUGACGCCUCCUCCCAGGUCCCCCUGUCCGUCGUUCAGCGCUCUUCCCACGUCAGCCUCUCCGUCAUUCACGCCUUUUGCCACGCCUCGCCCGCCGAUGCCAGCAGCAUCCGACCGUUGCACGAGGCUUGUCUCACCCAACCAGCGUCCCCCCCUGCCGAACCAAAAAGGGCAGGUUCCGAACCAGAAGCUCCGCCUUCCGAACCAGUCGACUCCGCCUCCCCCCCCGCAACGCUCUCCGCCGAUCUCUCCGCGAACUCCGCCGCCGCCGCGCCACGCCUCCGCGCCGCAUUCUCGACAAUCACCACCCAGCCCGUCGCUUUCCCCCGUUUCGCCGAACAAGACACUUGGCGGCGGUGAGGUGAUGUUUGCGCCUUCCCCGCCGCCGUCUGCGCCGCGCACGGGCUUCAGGUCGGGCCAGAGGCGGCCGAGCUUCCGCCCGUGCGGGGGUGGCGGAAACGGAACGCGCGGGAUUCUGCGGUGCUACAGCGACAAUCACAUGGAACGUACUCGGCGCGCUGGUGACCCGCGUCAUGCGAUCAGGAUGGGCGGGGGGAACGAGGUCGAGGAACAGUGCGAGUCGCGAUUGGAACAGGCGCUUCUGUCACCGCCCAGACCGUGUGUUACGAUUCCGAUGUGCAAGAGCUGGUCCCCGUGCUCGUCUCCGUCCUCGUUUUUAUCCGCCUCACUUUCCUCUACAGCGACCGCGGAUUCGUUUCUGGAAAAUGAAGUUUACUCAGCUGUUUUCUCUGAAAGCUCGUAUCCAGCGGAGGAGGAAACGAUCAAGGCCAGCGCCAGUGGCGUCUUGAAACCCUCCAGAUCUCCAAACUCGAGCGCGAGCAAGCCCGAGAGGCCUGUUGCGACUAAUAGUGUGCGGCGAGUUAGGUUUAACAUGGCCGUUGAAGUGCUUUGCGUUUGAACUAGUUACCAGUCGAUCGAUCUACGGUGCUCUGUUGCGGGUUUAGGCGCAGAGGUAAAUUUUGUCUCGCUAGCAUGAUUCUGACAUUUUUGGGGGUUUUGCCCCGCUGCUCGUUCUUAUGCGGCAUUGCAUUUUACUUGUGCAACUCUUGGUACUAAAGAAUUUCAGAGAAACCAGGGCAUUUAGAUCAUAAUCAUUAACCUGGUAAGCUUAUAGCGAACGUUGAAUAAAAUUAUCAACCACAGCACACCUGUUGUCUCCACUGCGCAUGGGAAUUAUUUAUGCUGGACCUUGUCGAAACAGCUUUCCCUGACUUCCAGUUCAGAGAGAUUUUUGCAAGUCGAGCUCGCAGGUCCACAAAUCUUGCCAUGGCGUCUGAGCCCCUCGCUCCGGAAAACGCGCGUUCGAAACCCGCUCAUUUCGACAGCGCAUCUCCUCUUGCGCCCGUAGAGUCGGAGCGCGUGCCGAGUAGAUUAGGGUUGUCGCGCGCAGUCGAGGCAGCGCGGGCUGCUAUUGGCCGCGCGGUGGAGGUGGAGCUCAUCAACGACCUCCGCAUUAAAGGGGUGCUUUCGAGCUGCGACCAGAGGCUUAAUUGCACUGUGACGGCAGCUUCCACUGAAACAGCAAUGGGCGAGUUAUUAUCAUUCCCUGCAGUGUUCGUGAGAGCCAGAGCCGUUCGGUUGCUGCAUAUACCCAGCUUGUGUACAUUGUGGCGGCAAGUGGCUUGCUAGAACAUUUGUACAAAUCGGUUGCAAUUCAUGCAAACCAGUUGCUAUCAUUCUGCGAAGCUUACUAUCAGCAAGCGAGCCGUUGUUUUCUCUGUAUUUUGCGCAUGGGGUCCAUG